AUGGUUUCCAUCUCCGACAUCAGGGCAUCCAACGUCCGCAUCACCGCAGAUACGGCGCCUCAGACGGCCGUGUUUACUGGCGCUACAGACGGGAUAGGAAAGGCGACACUCACACGUCUUAUUAUGACCAAAGUGCCGGUCAGAGUUUAUGUUCUCGGGCGGAAUGGCGAGAAGCAUCGAGGGUUCUUGGACCGGCUUCGGGAAGUCAACAAGCAGGCAGACAUCAUCUGGCUUGAAGGUCAACUCUCGCUUCUCGCGGAGACCAAGAUGCUUUGUGACGAGAUCAGAUCACGCGAGACGUACAUUGAUUCCCUGUGCAUGAGCGCUGGAUUCAUAACAUCCGGAGAACGGGUCGAAACAUCCGAAGGCAACGGACUUUCGCAGUCCCUGACAUACUAUGGUCGAAUAUUGAUGAUGGCCCAGCUACUACCAUUGCUCAAUGCAUCACCGAACAACCCACGCAUCGUCAGCAUCCUUGCCGCAGGAAACGAGACUACCUCCAUCUACCUCGACGAUCUGGAUCUGAAGAAGCCCGGCAAUUUCGGGCUCGUUUCUCUCUCCAGAUCGGCAGCGACAUACACUACAUUGUCCAUGUCGCGACUCGCGAAAGAAAACCCCCGUGUCGUUUUCUUUCACCACUAUCCUGGCGGUGUCGAUACGGGUGCCUUCAAGAAGGCCUGGGGAGACAAGUGGUUCUGGCCGCUGGUGGGCACGGUAAUGUCGAUGUUCGGGACCUCGCCGGAGGAUGCUGCAGAGAAGGUUCUGUAUUUGCUAACUAGCGCUAAGUAUGGUGGGAAGGGGGUUGUGUUGUCUGCGGGCCAGAGUCCGGGGCUGAAUAUGGCAAAGAUGAAGGGGGCGGGUGAGUUGUUUUUGGUAAAUGACAAGGUUAAAGAGUUGUAUCAGGAGAAGGUGAUGACACAGCUUGAGGCGAUGAAUGCGGGGGAUAUCAUAUGGCGCAAGACACAGGAGACGAUCGGGCCGUAUUCUUAG